AUGUCCUCGGCCUCAGCUGGCGUCGUUGCAAACGGCUCAGCAGCAGCCGCUCUCGCCCCCGGCCUCGAACGAGCAACGGUGGCAAACGGCUGUUUCUGGGGAACAGAGCAUAUGUACAAUAAGCACUUCAAGAACAAGCUCAAGCACUUCCGCGUCGGGUACACCGGUGGUAAAUCAGACUCCGUCGCACCAUCGUAUCGCCAAGUGUGCUCCGGAUCAACUGGACACGCAGAAGCUCUUCAAAUCACCUAUGACCCAAAGGACGUGAGCUAUGAGGAGUUGAUCGAGUUCUUCUUCCGUAUGCAUGACCCCACACAACUCAACCGACAAGGACCCGAUAUCGGAACCCAGUACCGCUCGGCUAUUUACUACCACUCGCCGGAGCAGAAGGAGAAGGCGGAGAGGGUCUUGGCAAAGGUUCAGGAGGAGCAUUAUAAGGGAAAGAAGAUCGCGACGGAGGUUAGGGAGGCUGGAGUGUUUUAUGAUGCGGAGGAUUAUCAUCAGCAGUAUUUGGACAAUAACCCGGGUGGGUAUGAGUGUCCUUCGCACUACCUUCACUGGUAG